UUCUGCUCCUGCGGCUGCCGCUUGGUGCUUCUGCUCCUUGGGACUCGAAAUCAUAUCGUUGUCGUCAGUCAGUCAGUUCAGUUCGGGUUUUUUCAUUGCGGAAUUAAACGGACACGUAGCCCAAAACAACAACCAGGCGACAGACCAAGACCAUCCAAGGCGAAGGCAACAGCAACAACCAGAGCCACGGCAGGAGCAGCUGUAACAACAACAGCAGCGCAAUAAAUUCAUCCACAGUCGAUGCAAAAAGUUGAUCCGAAAGCCCCCAGCCAGCCGCAAUCGAAUUACCCCGAAGUAGAACUCAAUUUGCCUGUCCUGUGCGUGUACUGUGCUGUGGGUGCGUGUACGUGACUGUGUGUGUGUGUGUGUCUGCGUCCUUGGGGCUGGCUGGUCAGAACGGUAUUAACUCAAACGGUAUCCGAAUCCGAUUCGGGCCAGACGACACUACAGUCGCAGCCAAAGCCAAAGCCAAAGCCAAAGCCAGAGCAUAUUUCCAUACAGCCGCCCACUCAAGAAGUCGCAACGGAAGCAGAAUCAGGCCAGACCGGGGCCAGAAAAUCAAUUUCUAAUUAACACAAGAUAUACAUUAAAGAAAGGCAAGAAAAAAUCAUUCAAGUACAAGUACAGAAAAGUGUAGCAGCAGCAACAUCAGCCCAGUCGCUUCCCCCUCAUCCCAGUGUCGUCCCGGUCGUCCCGGUCGUCCCAGUCGCACUCUUCGUUUGGGGUCGCCAUGCUGGACUAGCAGCAGCACAGCAGCACACGCCUGUUGUUGUACCUUGGGACAGAUCCGUGCAACCGUAAAGAGAGAGUACCGUACCGAACCACAUCGGUUCUGCCAGACGCAACGCCGCUGGUUAGGCCUGUCUGUGUGGAGGUGCAACGGGGGCUACAACAAAAGGGGUUUCCAGCAGCAACUGAAGCGAUAACAUAACAUAGCUGUGUGCGUGCGUCUAUCGAGUGGUGCUGCAUCGAUAUCCGAUAUAGUCCAGGUUCCAUCAAUCAAAUCAAUCAUCCAUCAUACAACUGCUGGUCUCUCGCUCUCUCUCUCUAUGUCUCUCUCUGUCUGAAUCUCACGCCUGCCGACAUCUCCAUUCGAAAAAGGCCUAAACCGAAGCAGCGAAGCAAUUUCAUCACAAAAUUAUCAAUAAAAUAAAAUCCAGAGCUAGAGAAAUAAAAACAUAUAUAAAAUAAUAACUACAUCAAGUAAUUAAAGAAUUUUCUAAUAAAGAAAUCUGUGAUUCGCUUAUAAAAAAAAAAAAACAAAAGAUAGAAAGAAAGGAUAAAUACAGCAAUUAUUUUCAUACAACACUUUUUCCAAAAAGUAAAACCAAUAAAAGUCUAUGAUAAAUUCAUAUAAUUUAUUAAACACAUUUUAACACACAUAAAAUAUUAUAAUAAUAAUUAAAACAAAUAAAUACGGCACACGCAAAAGCAGACACGCCUCGAGGAUAAGGCCAAGAAUAACACCAGCAACCGCAACCGCAACCGCCGCCGCAACACCGCAGAAGCAGCAGCAGCACCGCACAGAAAUUCACACAAGGUCAACGGAAUUAAUAUUUUUUAAAUGGAAAUCAUUCCUGAAGGUAAACACUUUCGUUUGGUGCAUGAAUCAGAGCUUCCAGAAAUUUUGGUAACUUUAGAACGCUAUCUGCCGGAAUCAUUAAAGUUUCAUCAAACCAUAAAAACGUACCUGAAUGAUCGUAUUUGGGAUUUUAAGUUUUAUGUUGCUAAGGAUUGGCCAGAAAAACCGAUAAUUCUUCAUUUUCCAGGAUGCACGCUUGCGCCGCACAACAAUAUUUACCAAACCCUGGGGAUAUUUUGUCCAUCCGCACACAUCGAGCAUGUAGAUAUGAUGCGCACCGAAGAUGUACUUAUAGAUUGGCAGAAGCCUAUGUACCUGAACUUUACGCACAUCGCCAUUAUGAAUCGCCUGGAUGACUUCUACUCAAAGUUCGGUGUGAUGGAGCGACUCAGUGGUGAUAUCUAUGUGUGCAACAAGCUCAAUGCCGAACUGGAACUGGAGCCGCUGCCGGAAGAUGCGGAGAUGCGUCCGCUGACCCUGGACAAUGUGCAGGGCAUACACGAUCUAUAUCCUGCCAAUGAAAUCGAAUGCGUCCGGCUCUUUGACAUACUCGUGCGCAAGCUGCCCGGCUUGGGGAUCUUUCGCAAGGACACCAGUGAGCUGGCCGCAUGGAUGGUCCACUCGUACUACGGUGCUAUGUUUUCAAUGCAAACACGUCCAGAUUUUCGACGCAUGGGUUAUGGCAUCCGUCUGGCCAAGUCUCUGACGCAGUUGGUCAUCGAGCGUGGCUAUACGCCUUUCGUUGUGAUUCGUCCACAGAAUGAUGCGUCCCGGAAUCUGUACACGAAACUCGGCUACGAGAAGGCCUUCGAAACGUGCCGCGUGCGGAUGACGCCCGACUGCUACGAGGAUAGCACUGUGGGCACCAUAAGUAACUCAUCCUAUGCCAAGUUUCCGCCACUACCUCAGGGGGAGUGCGUCAUUGUUGCGGGGCGCUUGGGCAAGCAUGUGCAUGGCGAGAGCCAGAGCCAGACCGUCGACGAGGGCAUCGAGGAUAUGUUGGCUGAAAAAUGUGAUAUCCGCAGCGACGAGGCUAGGGGGGAGCGCAAGACCACAACCGACGAGGGCAUCGGCGAGGACAAGUAG